AUGGAGGAAUAUCCAAAAUCCGUCCCUGUAGGAGAGACAUCUGCGCCAGGAAUUUCCGGCAACCCCCAAGGACAGCAGCGGAUUGAUGAGACCCUAGUUGGGAAUAACAAGGGAGUGGAAGGAGGGCCUGAGAGAACUCCAGAUGGUGGUAUCACUGGGGCCAAGAAGCUCAGUUCCCCCUCACCAGCCCCUCAAGUUAGCGGCUUUGACCAGGAAUGGCCCUCACCAGACAGCUUCCUGUUGCCUGAGAGUCAUUACCUGAUCAGCUACAAGGAUAAAGUUUUUGAGUUGAUGGGAGAGAUGGCCGUCCUCAGCCCUCUGUUCUCACGUUGCGGACAAAGUCCAGUGACUGUAUUGCGCUUUAUUGAUUGGUUCAUGGUCACAGUACACCCCUGCAUAUUGAACAAUGACCUAUACAUACACUUGGGCCUGGGUUGCCGCAACUACGUUCAGUCACAUGUCUACCAGUUCACCUACCGUGUUACUGAAUGCGGCAUCGGGGCUACGGCCAUCCCUCAGGACACGCUGAUCUACAGCACUGACAUGCACUAUGUUUCAAAGGGUACCUCUUCUAAGUACAUGAUCCCAGUGUCCUGUGCUGCCUGGCAGCAGGCCCCAAGGCUCACUAUGCCCUGUUUUGUGAACGUAGCCAGCGAGACAGGAACCACCAACCAGAAUGGUAAGACAUGUUAUGAGGUGUUCACAUUGUCACAGUCCAGCGAAAGGCCCAGCUGUGACUGUCUGCCGUGUGUCUUCAGUGAAGAAUGUACCCAGGCUCCACAUUACCAAGCAGAGGCUCAGGAGGACUGUGCUAUGCUGCCAUCUUUCUUGGUAGGUAUUUCUGAGGAUUGGUCUGUUCACUCAGAUGAUCUAAUGGAGUCCAUGUGA